AUGCAUCCUCAAGUUGAGGCUGAAAGAUUCAAGUCGUGCUAUAACUUCAUUGAAGCACUUGACAAAUGCCAUAAGGCAGAAUUUUACAAGAGGGCAUUUGGUCUAUGUAAUAAUGAAAAGGAGGCACUAAGUAACUGUCUUCAUGAAGCUAGGAUGGAACUGGAGAGAAACGCUAUAAAAAAGAACAUGGAGAAGAGAAAGAGGAUGGAGGAAAAAUGGAAGAAGAUGAAGGAAGAAGAGUAUGGUGAAGAUUUAAUUCUGCAAAAGAUUCUCAAGAGGCAUCAGGGUCUAAAUGAAGGUGAAAGUGUCAAGUCUGAAUGA